GGGUGAAGAUGGCGGCGCGGGCUCGCCUCAGCCGUCGUUAGGGCCGCCGGCCAUGGCGGCCGCCGGCGGGGGAGGCGUCGGCGCCCCGUGACGGCGGCCCUGCGUUGCGCGGGGAGCGGUGGGAGCCGCUCGGAAAGGCCCGACCACGGAGGCCCCGGGCCGCCCGGGGGGCCGCCGGAAGCCCAAGGCCAUGGAUGAGCAGAGCGUGGAGAGUAUUGCUGAAGUCUUUCGAUGUUUCAUUUGUAUGGAGAAAUUGCGCGACGCUCGACUGUGUCCACAUUGCUCCAAGCUUUGUUGUUUUAGUUGCAUUCGGCGUUGGCUGACAGAGCAAAGAGCUCAAUGCCCUCACUGUCGGGCUCCACUCCAACUUCGAGAACUGGUAAACUGUCGGUGGGCUGAAGAGGUCACACAACAACUUGAUACACUGCAACUUUGCAGUCUCACCAAACAUGAAGAAAACGAAAAGGACAAAUGUGAGAAUCAUCAUGAAAAGCUCAGUGUGUUUUGUUGGACUUGUAAGAAGUGCAUCUGCCAUCAGUGUGCUCUUUGGGGAGGAAUGCAUGGUGGGCACACCUUUAAGCCUUUAGCAGAAAUUUAUGAACAACAUGUCACCAAAGUGAAUGAGGAGGUGGCAAAGCUUCGUCGGCGCCUCAUGGAAUUAAUCAGCUUAGUACAAGAAGUGGAAAGAAAUGUAGAAGCAGUACGAGGUGCGAAAGAUGAACGUGUUCGAGAAAUCAGGAACGCAGUGGAGAUGAUGAUUGCACGGUUGGACACUCAGCUGAAGAAUAAGCUCAUAACACUAAUGGGUCAAAAGACAUCUCUAACACAAGAAACUGAACUUUUGGAAUCCCUAUUGCAAGAGGUGGAGCAUCAGUUGCGGUCUUGCAGCAAGAGCGAAUUGAUCUUUAAGAGCUCUGAGAUCCUCAUGAUGUUUCAACAAGUUCAUCGGGAGCCCAUGGCAUCUUUUGUCACUACACCAGUUCCUCCAGAUUUUACAAGUGAAUUAGUACCAUCUUAUGAUUCAACGACUUUUGUUCUGGAGAACUUUAGCACUUUGCGCCAGAGGGCAGAUCCUGUUUACAGUCCACCGCUUCAAGUUUCAGGGCUCUGCUGGAGACUAAAGGUUUAUCCAGAUGGAAAUGGAGUCGUGCGGGGAUAUUACCUGUCUGUGUUCCUAGAACUCUCAGCUGGACUCCCUGAAACUUCCAAAUAUGAGUACCGGGUAGAGAUGGUCCAUCAAUCUUCCAAUGAUCCUGCCAAAAAUAUCAUUCGAGAGUUUGCUUCUGAUUUUGAAGUUGGAGAAUGUUGGGGUUAUAACCGAUUUUUUCGUUUGGAUUUACUUGCAAAUGAAGGAUAUUUGAACCGGCAAAAUGAUACAGUGAUUUUAAGAUUCCAGGUACGUUCGCCUACUUUUUUUCAAAAGUGCCGGGACCAACAUUGGUAUAUUACUCAGUUGGAAGCUGCUCAAACUAGCUACAUCCAGCAAAUAAACAACCUUAAGGAGAGACUUGCCAUUGAGCUUUCCCGUUCUCAAAAGUCACGAGGCAUGUCACCACCGGACAGUCAUCUUAGCCCCCAGAAUGAUGAUGUUCCUGAGGCAAGACCAAAGAAAUCGGGACCAAAUGCCGAGGUGCUUCUUGAGAGUGGCCCAGCUACGUCUGGAAGGGAGUCCAAGGAUGAAGAGGAGGAGGAAGAGGAAAAAGUCCAGCCUGAGGAUUAUAAUCCUGAACUUUCCGACGGGGAUCUGGAUGUAGAUCUUAUUGGAGAGGACGAAGUAAACCUCCUAGAUGGCAGCAGUUCCUCAGCCAGUUCAACUGCAACUAGCAACACCGAAGAAAAUGAUAUUGACGAGGAGACAAUGUCUGGAGAAAAUGAUGUGGAAUAUAGUAGUAACAUGGAAUUAGAAGAGGGAGAACUCAUGGAAGAGGCUGCAGCUGCUACUGCUGGAGCUUCAGGUGGUAGCCAUGCUAGCCAUGGCUAUGCUAAUGCAAGCAGCAGAUCCUCAAGGCGAACUGGAAACUUGAGUUCUGUAGCUAGCAGCAGUCUACUAGAUAUAGAUCCCUUAAUUUUAAUUCACUUAUUGGACUUUAAGGACCGGAGCAGUAUGGAAAAUAUAUGGGGCUUACAACCCCGACCACCUGCUUCCAUUUUGCAAGCCACAGCUUCAUAUUCUCGAAAAGAUAAAGACCAAAGGAGGCAGGCCAUGUGGCGAGUUCCCCCGGAUUUGAAGAUGCUGAAGAGACUCAAGACACAAAUGGCUGAAGUUCGAAGCAAGAUGUCAGACGUCAAAAAUCAGUUGUCAGAAGUGAGGAGCUCCAAUGUCGGAUCCUGUGAGGUGCAGCCAAGCGCUUUUUCUGCGGAUCAGAUGUCUCUGACUGCCUGUGGAACAGAGAGUUGUGUCAAAUUACAGGACUUGGGAAUGGAACUCCUGGCAAAAUCAUCAGUUGCAAGUGGUUACAUGAGGAACUCUGUAAAUAAGAAAAGUAAUUCACCUAAACCAACUCGUUCUGGUACAGCUGGCAGCCUGUCCUUACGAAGAGCAGUGGACUGUGGGGAAAGUAAUCAUCGCUCAAAGGGAGAUUGCCAAACUUUAUCAGAAGGCUGCCCAGGAAACUCUCAGUCUGGCAGUCGGCACAGCCCUCCGCGGGCCUUGACUCAUGGUGCUGCCUGUGACAUACUGCCCAAGCCCGAAGAAAGGCAGUGCGAAGUAUCGGAUCCAGAUGUUCUUGGCGUGGCAGGCUUAAAUGGUUUACCCACCAUAGAGAAGACUAGGAAGAUGAUCGCUUGGGGGCCUGAUUUAAAAGGAUGUUGCACGGAAGGAGUACAGGCGACUGAAUUGGAGAAUAACACUGAAACCGGAGAGUUGCAAACUAGCCUCCCUGAAGGGGCAUCGGCUGGACCCGAGGAAGCAGCCCUUGGUCAGAAGCACGGCCUUCACCUCCUCCCGGGGCUGAGCAGCGACAGUGACGUUGAGUGUGAUACCGAAAACGAAGAGCAGGAGGAGAACACUACUUGUGAUGGAUUCAACGACUCUUUUACAGGACAACCCCCAGGAGAAGAUGCAUGUUCUGUGUUUCCCGAAGGCAAUCAAAUAGGCCCUGAAGACCUCAGCUUUGCCCCUGAAGAGACUAAUGGAAGUCUAGAACUGAGUAAAGAAAAAUCACUCGGGAGCUUUUCCACAGCCUCUUUUAAACUGGGCGAUGAAGUAGGCAAACUUGAGGAGGUUCUGUUUCGAGCCACGUGACACUUGCAGGUAAACUCCUAUGCUUACGUAAUGGCCAACAGUAGGGCAGUCAAACUUCCAUCGCAUUCCGUCUUUCCACCUCAAUAUUCCUUGAGCUACCCUGGUUGUGAAAGCUCCCCGCCCCCCUUUAUUUUUAAUAGCUUUUUCUGUAUUUAAGUUUCUGUGUGUUUAAAGGUUCAAAAAUGUCCAUGAAUGAUUCGCAUGAGAACUAAGUAGUAGCUUGGGUGUUUUCUUCCUGUAUUUUGUGCGUUUUGGACCAGUUCAGGGAGAAACCGUUCGCCAAACCUGCUGUUCUACUACAAUGUGUUUCGGGCUGCUACACUUGUUUGUGAAAGCUACACUGUAAGUCAGUUGAGUGAGAAAUACUGAACAAGCACGGAUACCAAGAGUCUCUACGUGUCCAUCUUGUACUUAACGAAAGCCGUUCGCAUAUCCACGUGUUGGGCUCCUAAUGUGAAAGUGCUGUCAUCCAUGGUUUAUUUUUUGUUUGAAACAGUUUGCACUUUUUUGUUAAUAAAACGAUUUUGGGAAAAUA